AUAUAAAUUUUUUGCUUUGUACUCAUAUUACAUUGUACUUUGAAUAUUUUGAAGCUAUUUGAUUGUUUGUAAAGAACAUGCGGGGAAUUUUUUUCGUUAGUAUCCCUCUUGCUUCUGCUCCUUUUCCUGUUCUCCCAGAAUAACAGGUUAUGGAGGGUUAGAGAAGAGCCCCUUCAAGGAUCUUAUGUUGCAUGUUGCGGGUCUUACCAGCAUGCAAAAACUUAGACUAGAGGAUGCUGAUAACAACUGUGUUUAUCGAAAUGAGAUUCACCAUGCAAUUGGUGAGCGCACGCAAGUCCUACAAGAUGUAGCAGCUGAUCCGACUCUACCUCGUACUAAAUCUGUCCAAUGUGCUGUGUGCAAUCACCCAGAAGCUGUUUUCUUUCAGGCUACUGCAAGGGGGGAAGAAGGAAUGACAUUGUUCUUUGUUUGCUGCAACCCAUCCUGCGGCCAUAGGUGGAGAGAUUGAUGGUAGUGGAGGCUUCCGGCGGGGUCCUGGCCUAGUAAUAGAGCUUAAUGUUGUUUUUUAAGCUAAAAAUUUAGUUUGUCGGGAGUUUUUUAUCUUUUUUUUUUUUAUUUUGUCAAGAGUUUGAUUUGAAAAGCUCUGUUAUUAUUGACAAAAAUUCAUGGAGAACGGAUG